GGAACACGAGUUGGAAAGAACAAGAAAAUGCAGAGAAGAAAAGAAGAAACAUUGUUCUCAAGACGAUUGAAGAAAGUAGUGACUCUGAAGAAGAUGAAUCUGAGAAUCUGAAUCUGUUGGUUAAGAAGUUUGGGAAAUUUCUUAAGAAGAAGAACAGAACUGGCCAGGCAGAUAUCAAGGCUACUAAAAUAUGGGAAAAUGAUUGA